GUAUAUUAGCCUAACCCCGAAAGUGAAAGUAGCGGAAUCAACUUAUCAAGUCAAGGUCCUGAUUAUCUAAUCUAAUGACUUUUAAAGGAGUUUAUCGGCUGUUCAGAAAGACUACUCUGUUUCAGAAAAGAAUACAUCUGAUGUCCACUAAGUCUGACCAUCUCCAGAGAACAGCGGAGAAUUCCAGGGAUCAGGUGGUGUCUGUAGCCACAGUUAUAGGUAUGCGUGAUGAGUCCACUACAGUCAAAGGUCUGACCCUGAAAGUACAUGAAAGAUCCUUAUCCUUUAAGGCAGGCCAGUGGGUAGACACCUUCCUGCCAGGUUUGGAAAAAGUUGGAGGCUUCUCAAUGUGUUCAUCACCAGGAAUUCUUCAAAGGGAGGGAACUCUUGACCUAGCAGUCAAGUACAGCGAUCAUCCUCCAGCAAAGUGGAUCCACGAAAAGUGUAAAGUUGGUACUGAGCUUCAGAUCCGAGUCGGUGGUGAUGUUUACUUUGAUCCUGACCCAGAGAAACCUUCACCUGACCUUCUACUAAUAGCGGGGGGCAUCGGAAUCAAUCCUAUUCAUAGCAUCCUAUGUCAUGUGACCGAUCUUCUAGAAUCCCAUUGGACAAACUCCCCUAAACAUGUGUCUUUACUCUACAGUGCAUCAUCCAUGGAUGAACUUAUUUUUCAUGAGGACAUUAAAAGAUUGUGUAUAAAGAACCCAGGGUUCCUGUCUUAUAAGAGCUUUAUAACCAAAGACAAGUCCGAGAUGAGCAGUGAGAUUCAAGGUCAUAGAAUCUGCCGUGAUGACAUCCAGUCUGAGGUAGAGAGGAUGAAGUCACAUGACCUUACUGUGUUUAUAUGCGGUCCACCUCCCAUGAUACGUGACAUGGAAAAUAUACUGGAGUCUGUUGGAGUGCCGAGACAGAGAAUACAAUACGAAAAAUGGUGGUACAUGUGGAAGGCAUCAGCUGGGCACAAUGUGAAGGCGGGGAUUCCCCCGACUAAUGAUGAAGACGACGACUGGGAGACUGAAGCAGAUUUUGUGAAUGAUGUAAGUGAACAGGAACAGAGAUGGGGAGCCAAGACGAUCGAGGGGUCGGGUCACCAGGGGUCGCUCAGCCUGUCCCAGCUCAGACAGGACGUGUCCCAGGACGAUAAAACUGUCAAACAGAAACAGAUGGAGGAGGGACCUAAAGCUUCCUAUGGUUACGGAGGCAAGUUUGGAGUGCAGAAAGACAGAAUGGACAAGUCGGCCAUGGGAGCAGACUACGUGGCAGAAGUAGGAAAACACAGCAGUCAGACGGAUGCUUCCCGGGGAUUCGGGGGGAAGUUUGGUGUGCAGAAAGACAGGCAGGAUAAGGCAGCAGUUGGGUUUGAUUAUGCUGGUAAAACAGAUAAACAUCAGUCUCAAACAGAUUAUUCUACGGGUUUUGGAGGGAAGUACGGAGUUCAGUCCGAUCGCAAAGAUAAGUCAGCGGUCGGAUGGGAGCAUCAAGAAAAAGUUGAAAAACAUCAAUCACAACAAGAUUACUCUAAGGGGUUUGGAGGUAAAUACGGGGUACAGAAGGACCGUCAGGAUAAAGCUGCCGUGGGGUGGGAGCACCACGAACAAGUCGACAAGCACGAGUCACAAAAAGAUUAUUCCAAAGGUUUUGGUGGGAAGUUUGGUGUACAGAAAGACAGGCAGGAUAAAUCAGCGGUAGGCUGGGAGCACCACGAACAAGUAGACAAACACGAGUCCCAAAAAGACUACUCCCGUGGUUUUGGUGGUAAGUACGGUGUACAGACAGACAGACAGGACAAGUCAGCUGUGGGGUACAGCAGUCAUGAGAAGGUCCCCCUCCACCCCUCCCAGACAGACAUGAGUAAAGGCUUUGGGGGAAAGUUUGGAGUGGAUUCAGAAAACAAAGACAAGUCUGCUGGGUCGUACAAUGAUAUGCAGGGAGUGUCAUCAUCUUACACCAGGACACAGGCCGAUUCAAGUUCAGAGGGAGCUAAAAAUAUCAAAGCUCGCUUUGAGAAUAUGGCCAAGUCAGGAGAAGAGGAGGCGAAGAAGAGGGCAGAGGAGGAGGAGAGGAAGAGGCGAGAGGCCCGCGAGGAGAGGGAACGAGAGGAGCAGAGGAGGCAGCAGGAGGAGAGGUUAAAUAAAGAGAGUUGGGAGGAAGAACAGAGAGCAGCCAGUCAACCAGAACCUGAACCCGAACCCGAACCAGAGCCGCAACAAGAGGAAUACGGAGACGUGUCUUAUCAACAAGUACACAAGGAGGAAGUGCCUCCCGUUGAGGAACCAGAGGAGCUGUAUGAGGACACCACUCCUCAAGAUGAUUACGAGGACGUACAGGAACCUCCUGCAGCAGCCCCACCUAGUGGAGCAGGGGGACUAACUGCUGUGGCUGUCUAUGACUACCAGGCUGCUGACGAUGAUGAAAUUUCUUUUGACCCUGAUGACAUUAUUACAGAUAUUGAACAGGUGGAUGAGGGAUGGUGGAGGGGUUCAUGCCGCGGUAAGAACGGACUUUUCCCAGCCAACUACGUGGAACUCCAGCAGUAAAUCCUGUGAUAAGGACCUCACCAAUAGUGGUUCAAGCCAGACACAUUACUAUAGCAUCAUCAUGUAAACAAUUACUGAUAUUGUAAACAUCACAUUAUCAUGUAACACAUUUAUUGAAAAAGCCAUUACUAUCUUAUCAAAAACAGGUUUCAUUCUCUAUAUAAAUUUAAGAUUAUUUUUUACCAUAUUCUUAUGAAUUUAAAUAUUUGAUAUAUUGUCUUCCUUUGAAUGUUUCCGAAACCAAUUGUACAUGUUUAUAGAGAGUUUUGAAUGCCAGGAGCAUAGAAUACAUGUUAUGAUGUUUUAUUGUGUAUCAGAAUUUAAGAUAUUGUUUUAUAUUCACUAAUCAUGGUGAACAUGAGAAUUUGUAUGUAUGAAUAUUUAUUAUAACUGCUGUAUUCACAUUUAUAGCAUUUGUAUCAAUUUUGAACAAAAAAAAAUCAUAAAAUGCAAAGCUACUGUAAACAAAGUUUUACACAGAAGAAAAUGAUCAAAAAAGCAAAACCUGAUUCAUUUGUACAUUAUAUUUUAUUCCGAAUGUUAAGAUGAUUUAUUUUUAAUUAGGUAGGCUAGAUUUGGAUAUUUUUAAUUUGUUAACCUAUAUUUGGACAAUUGUCAGUCACUUCCGUGGAUACUGCAUUCCAAUAUAAAUGUGAUUAAUCCUAAACAGUGGGAAUUCUCUUGCUGGUUACAUAUCUGUGUGGAAAAUAUAAUGCAUAAAAAGUUUUCUUUUCAAAUAAAAAUUUGAUAUGAAGUUA